CCACAAUGCCCAUUAAGAGGUAAAAUUGAUUACAUCAUCAAAAUGCGCCGUUACUCUAGCAACGUUUGUAAAGGUUGCCUUCUGUUUUAGCCAUUUAGCUAGCUUGUCAACUUUGUUUGUAAAAUAUCAAAUUUGAUGCCAAAAAUAAGCUCAGACACGCUAUGGGAGCUGGCUGCGGCGGAGGUCCACAGUCGGGAGACUGAAGGUGGGGAGGAGGACGGAGGAGAGACGGUCAGUGAGAGGAGCGUGUUUCUGAUGGGGAGCAAGGCUGGGGGUAAAACGUCCAUUCUCCUCAGAUGUCUCGACAGGGAUGAACCAUCCAAGCCGACUCUGGCACUGGAGUACACUUUCGGCAGACGGGCCCGAGGACACAACACAUCCAAAGACAUAGCCCACCUAUGGGAGCUGGGAGGUGGGACCUCUUUGUCAGACCUGGUCCAGAUCCCCAUCACUCCUGUCAGCAUUAGGUCUCUCUCUGUCAUCCUCAUUCUGGACCUGUCUAAACCCAAUACCCUGUGGGGAACCAUGGAGAAGCUAUUACAGGCAGCACAAGCUCAGUUGGAGAAAGUCUCUUCCUUAGCACAACAAGCACAAAAGGCCAAACCUGGAGCCAAACACCAGACGCCUGUCCACUCGGCAGCACGCAUCUUACCUAAAGACUAUCCUGACAGGGAGCUGAUCAGUCCCUUUCCUGUUCCUCUGCUCAUCAUUGGCAGCAAAUAUGACAUCUUUCAGGAAUUUGACUCAGAAAAGAGGAAAGUGGUUAGUAAAACAUUGCGUUUUGUUGCCCACUACUACGCAGCCUCUCUUAUUUUCACUAGCAUCAAGUCAGAGAGCCUAAUGUCAAAAACCAAAAGCUUCUUCUCCCACUUGGCUUUCGGUCUGGACAGAGGGAAAACUGUGUCCAGUGACUCCACCAAGCCUAUCACCAUUCCAGCAGGCUCUGACUCCUUCAGCCAAAUAGGUUCCCCUCCUACUACUGAUGUGGACAUCACUUCUCUGCAUGCCAAAAACCCAAAGGACCUCUGGAAGAAAGUCUACAAGCAUGUCUUCCCCGAAGAGAAUACCAGUGAGCAGAGGGAACUAAAGGAUCCAGCCAAAGACCCACAGUACAGUGAGCCUCAGAUUGAUGCCAUGAGAGCCCAGAAAGACCAGGAGUUGGAGCAGUAUAAGAGAAAUGCUGCUAAGUCAUGGAAAGGACUAGAGCUGGAGACAUGAGAAAUAAUCAUUUAUGGUCACACAUACACCACAUAUUAAUGUAAAUACAGUAAACAUUUUGCAUUAUUUAUUUUCUUUUGUGUCAUUUUGGUUUUUUUACUACUAAUUCAUACAACUUGCAUAACUACAGAUUUUUUCUCAAACGAUUUUAAACAGAACAAAACUAUUUGUAUACUGAUGAUAAAAUGUGUUCUAAAAAAUAAACAAUUUUACAUUAUUACAA